AUGUCUAAUGAGACGUCACCAAGUGGUACCUGUGAAUUCAACGUGACACUUGGAAGAUGUCUCUGCCACUGUCAAGAGUUUGUUUUUGGAGAUGUCUGCUCUCUUGGAAUGAAUGACACAACAGCUCAUGUUGAUACUGGAGCAUUACCAACCCGAAAGUCUAAUUUCACUCUGGAAAUCAGUGUCACUUUUCAGCCAGCUUUUAAUAACCUGAGCUCACCUCAAUCAUUAGAAUUCAUCAAGACAUUAGAAAAACAGCUUGAAGCCCUUUGCAGAGAAGCAGAUCCACAAUCGUUUAAAGAAGUACAAGUCAUCAAGUUAUCAGAAGGAAGUGUUGUUGCGGAGAGCGUGGCAGUGUACAACUAUCUGAACAAUGAAACUCAAAUCGACUUUGUCAACAAUCAGCUUGAAGGGGUGCUGACUAAUAUCUUGAAUGAUACAAAAAACCUCAAAAACAUUUCUAAGGCCUUUAAUAAUUCAGCUGUGGAGUUGAAUGGAGUCACUUUCCAGUCACCUAAUGUCACAAAUAUCACAGAUCUGGAGCCUUUCAUAAACUGCUCUAGGUUUGCUAAUUACACAACAGAGAUUGUUAACGGUCAAUGGCAGUGUGCUGGACCGUGCAAAACAAACCCUGAUUACUGUCAACAUGGACAAUGUUUCAAUGACAUUAACAAAGGACCAAUUUGUAUGCACCAGUACCACUCAGGUGCCAUUAACAAGCCAGGAAACAUCUGCAACUAUGUUGUCUUCAACAAUGGAAACACCAUCUACAUCUGCUACAACUGUGACACCCUCGAGAAGGGAAACUACCGUGACAGGCACCAGCACAACUCAGCUGCCAUUAACAAGCCAGGAAACAACUACAACAAUGUUGUCUUCAUCAACAGAGACACCAUCUACAUCUGCUACAACUGUGACACCGAAAGCAACAAAUCCAUUAACAGCCUCAACUUCAUUUCUCACCACAAAUGA